AAGCCGGUGCGCAAACGCUGAGCAGUGCGCAAGUGUGCGCGUGCGCAAGGUUGAGGCGCGAUGGCAGGUGUCGGGGUCCGACCGCUGCAAGGGAUGGUGCGAUUUGUGCUGCUGGUGCUUACUGUGUGCGCUGCGGGUGCCCGUGGUCUCUAUUUCCACAUCGGCGAGACUGAGAAGCGCUGCUUCAUCGAGGAAAUACCCGACGAGACCAUGGUCAUCGGCAACUAUCGAACUCAGAUGUGGGACAAGCAGAAAGAGGUCUUCCUGCCAUCGACCCCCGGCCUGGGCAUGCAUGUGGAGGUGAAGGACCCAGACGGCAAGGUUGUACUGUCCCGGCAAUACGGCUCCGAGGGCCGUUUCACCUUCACUUCCCACACACCCGGUGACCAUCAGAUUUGUCUGCACUCCAACUCCACCAGGAUGGCUCUCUUCGCUGGAGGCAAACUGCGUGUACACUUGGACAUCCAGGUUGGAGAGAUGGCUGCUAAGGAUAAGUUAACAGAGCUACAGCUUCGAGCGCGCCAGCUGCUUGACCAGGUGGAACAGAUCCAGAAGGAGCAGGAUUAUCAGAGGUAUCGUGAAGAACGCUUCCGUCUGACCAGUGAGAGCACCAACCAGAGAGUCCUGUGGUGGUCCAUCACCCAGACCGUCAUCCUCAUCCUCACUGGCAUCUGGCAGAUGCGUCACCAGAGCUUCUUUAAGACCAAGAAGCUGGUGUAUCUUGCCCUGUAACCUUUCCCUUUCACCUCAAUCAUUUGAUAAUUUUCCCAGCCAGCCCCUUGUCCACCUGGAUCUUGAGGAGGAAAAAUGAAAAACCACAUGUCAUCGGUAUCCUGGCAUUAAGCCAUUCAGAUCAGCUACCUUUGACCCUGCUUCUCCAAGAAGCAGACAUUGGUCUAAGCUUUCAAAACCUGCCUUGGGGUUUGGGAGAAGUUGGAAUUAACCCAAGAUCAAGUCAUUUCUUUUGCCUCUGGCGAUUUCUCCUCUGUUUUCGAAGAGAUGACCAAAUGCACUUCUGUUUUCUGUGUGUCUGCUUGUUCUUACUGAACAAGCAGCUGGCAUGCCCAUGGAGGCGACCCUGCCUCAGUGCUCCUGGGUCAGUCCUGAGUUCUCCCAACGGCUUUGUGAAUGUAAAUGAGGGGCAGUUUGGGGUCCCGAAGGAUGGAGAUGCCUUUCUAUAUUUUAGAACUAUUUUUGGAUAAAUUAUAUAUUUUCCUUCCUGAUUGAAUCAUUACUGCCUGAAACUAGCCAAAAACACCAGUCCAGGCGUUUUAAUUCCACUUAUUCACACAGUUUUAAUAAUGGCUGUGCACUGGUUCCUUUGGCAAUCUGCGGCCAGAAAGCAGAUCCCUGUCAGAAGGCCCUCAGGUUUCACUCAAGCAGUGGUAAAUGUUUUUGAAGGUUCGUUUUUUUUUUCCCUUGCAACUCCGUAUGUAGACUUGACCAGCCUCAGACCCACCUAUAGGUGCAUACCUAUCAGAUGUGAUUAAAGAGGCGUGCGCCACCACACCCGACACCAACAUUUUCCUCAAGGGAACCACAGUUCGGUUCUUUAUGCGGACUUUUUUUUCCCAAUGAAAUAAAACAUAGUUAACUAUGUCUGAUAUGAAGUAGUAGGCUGUGGGUAGCAGUUAGACCAAGGAAAGGUGGUGGGGUAAGGGCAGGGGAGGUUGCUGCCUGGACUGCUCACCUUUGUAGAGAACCAGGAGUAGACUUCACAUAAGGAUUGGCCUGGGAAUGGGUGGGAGGAUUGCUUCAGCAUUCUGAAAGGUCACCCUGCUAGAUAAGAUGUCGGCAAAGAACUAACAGCAGCAGCAGCAGCAGCAAAGAGGAGGUGGUUUCUUGGCUCCUGAGUCAUAAACAACUCUGACUGAACCUCACCCGCUUCUGUAUGAGCCUCAUGCAAUUAGUUGCCCAUUCUUGGUAUUUUUAUUUCAUAGUUUUAUUAUAUAUUUAUUUGGAAUAUUUAUUAAAUUUCUUUUUCUGACUUAUAGAACUAAA